GUUAAAGGCUGCUGUUUUGAGCACAGCGGAGGUGACAUCACGCGUCUCCAGCGCAGACGAUCAGAUGCCCCUCAAUGGACCCGAAAUGACAGCUAGCGCAGCGCAGCCAUUAGCCUCGCAGUGUUUGAGUUUAAGGACAGUCUACAUACAGAUUACGCUGCGUAAUUACCUCUAAUCCUGCUGUGGUUUACAGCUGUGUACGGCACCUCGCCUCUCCUCCGCUGACCCUAAAAACACGCAGCCUGCGUAUUUGUUUUUUUUGCAAAAUCAUGAUGGUGUCGCUGCUGGACUACAGAGAAAAUGGCCCAUAACAUACACCGUACAUUUACAACUCCACUGACCUCAGAAUCCAUGGGGUUAUCCUAAUUUUACAAUCAAUAUGUAAGAGACUACAUGCAAAUAGACUGCCAAAGCGACAAAAAUGGGAUGCAUCACGACUUUCCUGCAUAAAAUAAGAGGCAGGAUGAAGCUAGAGCGUUUCAGAGAGCUGGGAAGACAAUAUCCAGUCUUCUGCUUUUUGCUGCUGGCACUGCUGCUCACCACUCUGCUUUUAAACAGAUAUAUUCACAUUAUUAUGGUGUUUUGGUCCUUCCUGGCUGGAGUCAUCACUUUCUACUGCUCUUUGGGGCCUGAGUCUCUGCUGCCCAACAUUUUUGUCUCCAUCAAACCAAAGAAUAAGACAUACCAACAGGAGCUGUUUCCACUGGGCCACAGCUGUGCCGUCUGUGGGAAAAUCAAAUGCAAAAGGCACAGACCGACUUUAUUACUGGAAAAUUAUCAACCAUGGCUUGACUUGAAGGUUCCUUCUAAGGUGGAUGCUUCCCUUUCAGAGAUUCUGGAGCUGGUUCUGGAAAAUUUUGUAUAUCCCUGGUAUAGAGACAUCACAGAUGAUGAGGCGUUUGUCGACGAGCUGAGAGUGACUUUGCGCUUCUUUGCAGCCGUGUUGGUCCGCCGCACCCAGAAAGUGGACGUGGCAUUGCUCAUCACACAGAAACUUCUCAAAGUUUCCAUGAAGCACAUUGAAAUAAUUAGCAAAGCGAGACAGAGAGUUAAGAACAGCGAGUUUCUUCAACAAGCUGCUCUGGAAGAAUACGGUCCUGACCUCCAUGUGGCCCUUCGCAGUCGCCGAGAUGAGCUCCUCUACCUCAGGAAGCUGACUGAGAUGCUCUUCCCCUACAUCCUACCACCCAAGGCUACAGACUGCAGAUCUCUUACUCUCCUCAUUAGAGAGGUCUUGGCUGGCUCUGUCUUCCUUCCUUCAUUGGACUACUUGGCUGAUCCUGACACAGUGAAUCAUUUACUUUUGUUAUUCAUAGACAACUCCCCUCCUGAAGCAGCCACGGAGCCCUCGUCAACGUUGGUUCCUUUCCUGCAGAAGUACUCUGAUACCCGCAGCAAGAAGCCCUCUGUGCUGAAGCUGGAGUUGAAGGAAAUCCGAGAGCAACAAGACCUCCUCUUCCGUUUCAUGAACUUCCUGAAGCAAGAAGGAGCUGUCCAUGUGCUCCAGUUCUGCCUCGCAGUUGAGGAGUUCAAUGACAGGAUUCUCUGUCCGGAGCUAUCUGACUCAGAGAAGGUAUUGCUUCAUGGGGAGGUGAAGAAGAUCUAUGAGAGCUACUGUUUGGAUGAGAGCAUUGACAAGAUCCGCUUCGACCCCUUCAUAGUGGAAGAAAUACGCAACAUUGCAGAGGGCCCGUAUGCAGAGGUAGUGAAACUGCAGACCAUGAGGUGUUUGUUUGAAGCCUACGAGCACGUCCUGUCCCUCCUGGAGAAUGUCUUCACCCCCAUGUUUUGUCACAGUGACGAGUAUUUCCGCCAGCUUCUGAGAGGGGCCGAGUCCCCCACCAGGAACUCCAAGAUGAGCAGAAAUAGCCUGAGUUUGGAUGACAUCCGUUCCUGGGACUGGAGCCCCGAGUCCCCAUCCUCACUGUUCACCGCCUCUGGCAGCUCUUCACCUGCAUCCUUUAACUCCCUCCAUGCCCAGUCCACGUUCACAACCUUACCAUACGGCUCGCUAUCCCACCGCCACUCAUCACCCAAGAACACGUCAAAGAGGGGCGAAUCCUUUGGGAUCAGCCGCAUUGGCAGCAAGAUCAAAGGAGUGUUCAAGAGCACGACCAUGGAGGGAGCCAUGCUGCCGUCCUAUGGGCUGGUAGAGGGAGAAGACGAUAUGGUGGAGGAAGCCAUGAUGGUGCUGGAGGACGACGCCCCCAUGGAGGCAGCCUCCACUCCCAGUACACCGAGAAACCUCUCAGCCUGGAACAUCACUAUCCCCUACAUUGAUUUUUACGAUGAUGAUGUGAAGAGGGAGAGGAUUCCUGUGUUCUGUAUCGACGUGGAGCGCAAUGACCGGAAGGCAGUGGGACACGAGACUGAGCACUGGUCUGUGUACAGAAGAUAUCUCGAGUUCUAUGUCCUUGAAUCAAAGCUCACUGAGUUUCACGGCUCUUUUCCAGACGCACAGUUGCCUUCCAAGAGAAUCAUUGGUCCCAAGAACUACGAGUUUCUCACAUCGAAACGUGAAGAGUUCCAGGAAUACCUGCAGAAACUCCUGCAGCACCCGGAGCUUAGCAACAGUCAGCUGCUUGCCGACUUCCUGUCUCCUUACAGUAUGGAGUCUCAGUUCCUGGACAAGAUGUUACCUGACGUGAACCUGGGGAAAAUCAUCAAGUCAGUCCCCAGCAAACUGAUCAAAGAGAAAGGACAGCAUCUGGAGCCUUUCAUCCAGUCCUUCUUCAACUCCUGCGAGUCUCCAAAACCUAAACCCAGCCGCCCUGAGCUCACCAUCCUCAGCCCCACCUCGGAAAAUGAUAAAAAGCUCUUCAAUGAUGUCUUCAAAAACAAUGCCAACCGCUCAGAGCUGAGUGAGAAGAGGCACAACCAGAACUACUUCAUGGAAAUGAUCAACGUGGAAGGGGUGUAUGACUACUUGAUGUAUAUAGGCCGGGUUGUCUUUCACAUCCCCGACUGGCUCCACCACCUGCUGAUGACCGGUAGGAUCCUGUUGAAGAACACACUGGAAGCAUACACGGACUACUGCCUCCAGUACAAACUGAACCAGGUGGUCCAGGAGCACCGGCUCGUGUCACUCAUCACACUACUCAGAGACUCGGUGUUCUGUGAGAGCAGUCAGCCUCGCUCGGCUCAGGACAAGCAGAGCAGAGCCAGGAAGACGUUUGACGAGAUGAUGAAAUAUAUUCCAGACUUUCUGGGGAAAUGUAUCGGAGAAGAGGCCAAGUAUGAAGGCAUACGUCUGCUCUUUGAUGGACUGCAACAGCCUGUUCUCAACAAACAGCUGACGUAUGUGCUGUUGGACAUCACUAUUCAGGAGCUUUUCCCUGAACUCAACAAGGUACAGAAGGAGACGUCUGUGAUGGCUCCUUGGAUGUAAGCCUUCAAAGAGGUCGAGCUGACGGGAUUGGAGGUAUUAACGCAGAGACUUUUGUCAGUGUUGUUACCCUAAACUAACAUGUAGCUCAUAUCAUCUGAUCUGGAAACCUGCUGCUGCAUGAACAGGAAAUAUGAAGCUCUUCCUGCGUUAUGUGUAACUUACUUUGUAAAAUAAAUUAUAUAGAUAUAUGCCAUAA